AUGGCAGAUCAGAAGUCGGUGCAUUCAAAAAGAAGCAUCUUGUUGGGUGUGGGGGUGCUUUUCCACCUCAUCUACUUAUGGUCCAUCUUCGACAUUUAUUUUGUGUCGCCGCUUGUUCAUGGCAUGGACCAGCAUAAAUCGACUGCGAGUGCUCCAGCAAAGAGGUUGUUUUUGAUUGUUGGUGAUGGACAGAGAGCAGACAAGACCCUGGGGAAGAUUUACCAUCCGAGAACCAAGAAGGAGGAAUAUCUAGCUCCAUAUUUACGUUCGAUCAUUUUGAAUGAGGGUACUUACGGGUUGUCGCAUACUAGAAUGCCCACUGAAUCCCGUCCCGGUCAUGUGGCGAUGAUUGCAGGGUUCUACGAAGACGUCAGUGCAGUCACCAAGGGAUGGAAGGAAAACCCAGUGGACUUCGACUCUGUGUUCAACCAAUCAACACAUACAUAUUCUUUCGGUUCUCCAGAUAUUCUUCCAAUGUUUGCACAAGGUGCAACUGAAGGGAAAAUUGACACCUGGAUGUAUGGUCAUGAAUUUGAAGAUUUUACCAGUAGCAGUAUCGAAUUGGACAAAUUUGUGUUCAAUCACUUUUACCAACUGCUCGAAAACUCAACUACAAAUGCCCAAUUAGACGAAGAAAUCAGACAAGACGGUAACGUUUUUUUCUUACAUUUGUUGGGUACUGACACCUCCGGUCACAGUUACAGGCCUUACUCCGCUGAAUACUAUGAUAAUAUCCAAUAUACCGAUGCUGAAAUAUCCAAACUAGUCGAGAAAGUUCAUGAGUUUUUUGGUGAUGAAGAAACUGCGUUUGUGUUCACGGCUGAUCAUGGUAUGAGUGACUUUGGAUCGCACGGUGAUGGGCAUCCAAACAAUACGAGAACCCCAUUGAUUUGUUGGGGUAAAGGCUGUAAUAAACCUGUGAGAAUUGAUCCAUCAAGCAACGACUUCUUGCGUGAUAAGUUUGAAAGUGACGAUAUGGCUAACUGGGACCUAGAUGAUGUUAAGAGAAACGAUGUUAAACAAGCAGAUAUUGCAUCGUUGAUGAGUUAUUUAAUUGGAACAAACUACCCAAUGAACAGUGUUGGUGAGUUGCCUAUGGCCUUCAUCGACGAUGUGGAAAGCAAUAAGGUCAAAGGUUUGUAUUAUAAUUCGUUGACCUUAUUAGAGCAGUACAUUGUUAAGCUUCAUGAAGUGAAAGAUAACCAAUUCAAUUUCAAAGGAUUCAGUAAAUUUGAAGACAAAUCUGUCGAAUCAUAUAAAGCUAACAUUGAGAAAGUGAUCAAGUUAAUGGACGUCAAUACCGAACUUGAAAGUGAAGCUGUUUUACUAAUCGAAGAGUUCAAUUCUGUUAUUCUCGAGGGAUUGGACUAUUUGCAGAAAUAUAAUUGGCUGAUGAUACGUACCAUUGUGACUUUUGGAUUCAUUGGAUGGAUUGUUUACUCAUUCACCAUCUUCUUGCAAAUGUUUAUUAUUCCUCAUGAGAAAUUGUUUAGAUACGAGGGAAUGCACCUUGUGAGAAAGUUCUUCUUUAUCUCAUUUACGUCAGUCAUGCUAUACAUUUUUCAGUAUGAGAAUUUGCCACUGAACUAUUACUUUUACUUGGUCUUCCCAAUCUUUUUCUGGUAUAACAUUUUCAAAUACAAAACAGAUUUAGUUAAAGGUUUCAACAUUUUCUUCAAAGGAUUAAGCAAUAUUUGGAAAGUUCUCAUCUUCUUUGGCAUUGUUGUUUUCUUUGAAUCUAUUGCGGUUGGCUUUGAAAACCGUGAAGUAUUCAGUUACAUUUACUUAAUUCUAUCUGCAUCUUAUCCUGUUUUACUAUUUCAAAAAUCACUUUUACAAAACAAGAAACAUCUGAAAAUUUCUAUAUGUUGGUUUUUCACUUGUAUUUCACUUUCUAUUUUCCCAAUCCAAAAUCCAGUGAAGGUUGAAUCGAUCAAUCUGAUUGUCACUUCUGGUUUGAUAAUGACCGGAAUUGGAAUACUCGGUCUCACAUUCUUACAGAAAAAGAUGUCUGAGAAGACAAGAAUGAUAAUAGGACUGCAGAUUGUACUAAUUGUUUUAUCAAUUUAUUCAACUUUAAAAGCAGUGGUUUCUUUGACUAACCGUAAAGGUUUACCACUAGAUGCGCAAGUGAUUGGAUGGACAGUAAUGAUCGCUUCCUUGACAGUUCCAACAAUGUUACACUACAUCUAUCCAAAUUCUAACUACCAAAUUAGAUUCCUCGUUAUAUUUUUGACUUUGGCACCUACUUUCAAUAUUUUGGCCAUUUCCUUUGAAGGUCUUUUUUACAUUCUAUAUUCGCUUAUGCUAAUAUUAUGGAUUGAAAUGGAGUCGAUGUCUACCAAAUCUAACAACAAUCUUAGAUUACUUCGAAUUUCAGUCAUUGGCUUUUUCAACCUUCAAAUUUCAUUUUUUGGUACCGGUAAUGUUUCUUCCAUUUCAACAUUUUCUUUGGAUUCAGUUUACAGAUUACUUCCAAUUUUUGACCCGUUCCCAAUGGGCGCACUUCUCAUGCUCAAAUUGAUCAUUCCGUAUGCAUUAUUGAGUACAGGUCUUGGGUUGAUCAAUCUCAGACUUGGUUUCUCUAAAUAUAGUGUCACCAGUUUGAUUAUUUCAGUUUGCGAUUUACUUUCUCUCUGGUUUUUUUAUAUGGUUAGGACCGAAGGAUCGUGGUUGGACAUUGGUGUCAGUAUAAGUAACUAUUGCUUGGCUAUCUUUGGUGCGUUGUUUAUUGCCAUCGUCGAAGUUGGUAGUGGUAUUGUUCUCAGCGGUGUGCAUAUUGAAGAGCACAAAGAAGCUAAGGCUGUUGCGCAACUGAAAAUGGACGACAAACAGUACCAUGAAAUUGAAAAGAUCAUAAAUGAUGACCAGUUGGAUAAUGGCACCAUCGGAAGUCGUGUUAGACGAAGAGUUCAAAAAGAUUAA